GCGAAGGUCUCGUACGCCUCAACAAUUGGAAGUCUAAUAUAUGUCAUGGUUUGUACAAGAUCAGAUAUUGCUCAAGCAGUGGGAGCUGUUAGCAUGUACAUAAAUAAUCCGAGCAAGAUACACUAGGAAGCAGUCAAAUGGAUCCUCAAAUAUCUACGGGACACCACAGGCGCCUGGAGACUUCUAAGGAACCAAGACAAACGUCUCUUCUAUGCGAGCUCUUGUGAAGAUGGAUCGUGGUGAACCUAAGGGGGAGAGAGACAGUAGCGGCAAGUAUUAUUUAUUGAGAGAUGAAGAAAAUCCACGCUUUGGAAUUUAUGAUAAGCCCCUUCCAUGCUUCGGGUGUGGCGUAGGAUGGUUCUCGUUUCUUGUAGGAUUUCUUUGCCCAUUGACAUGGUACUAUGCUACAUUUCUGUACUUUGGUAAUUACUAUCGAAGAGACCCAAGAGAGCGAGGCGGCCUAGCUGCUUCAGCAAUUGCGGCAUUGGUUUGCACAGUUGCAGCUUUCAUCACAGGGCUCGCAGUUUUUCUCUAGUUCAAGCAGAUUCUUGCCGCAUUUUCCAUUCGACUCUCUGUCAGCUCUCUUAAGCAUGAGACUACAACAUACCAGGCUUGAAAACAUGCAGGGACAAAAUUAUUCCAUUUGUUGGGAUUUUGGCACUGGAUAUGUAUAUCUUGUACAGUGAGAUUGUUUAAUAUGCAAGAGUCAUGUUUUCUGUAUAAAAUUAUGGAAUAAGAGCUCAAGAUAAUACGCACCAA